AUGCGCACGUUCAUUCAUUCGCAUACGAGAUCCAGCUCUUUAGACAGUCCAACUUCAAAUUCUCCAGUAAGUAAACGAAUAAGCGGUUCGCUCGCCGACUUUGAACACAUAGCACUUAUCAAAGAUGCUCCCCGACAAUUAGGCAACUUAGAACACUUUCAUAAAAUUACAAGUGGAAAGCUAUUUGGUUCAAAGCUAUUUCGAAGGAGCCGAAGUACUCCGAAGUUCUCGUCCAAUGCUGAUGGGUCGUCUAAAAAGAGCUCAGAAGACAAUGGUUCGUUUCUAAAUAAUAUUCCAGCAAUCAAAGGAACUAAAACUCAUGAAUGGGGUGAUAACUGUGAUGUUUCAAACUCUCUGAUAAUUUUAAAUGGUGGUUUUACUGACCCUGGCACUCCUAGAACGGAGAUGAGAGACGAAAUGUCUUUGCCAGGAUUGCAGCGGUUAUCUUUAGACUCUCCUAAACCAAGCAAUACAUCAAAGGAUGAUAUUCAUGAAUGUUGCAGCCUAGAUGCAUCCCCUCUGUACUUUUCAGAUCAGGGUGUUGAAAUUAAUGACAACCGUACAAUGCAAAGACGUCACGGUCAAAUCUUAAGCCCUUCCGUUAUGGACGCCCUUGACCUGGAUACAAAUUACAUGAUAUGUCCUACAAUAUUACAUAACAAUCAGGAAUACGAUCGCUCCUCGGCAGAUAUGCUGCCGCAACAAUUUAAUGACAAUGAAUCAAACUCUGAUGCAGCUGAUGCGCUGGAAACUCAUUCCUUUGAAGAAAAUUUACACUCGCGAACUUUAUCAUCUUCAAGUUGUUCUUCAAAUUUCUCUUUUGAAGUUGGUGGAGGUUUGCGUGGCAGGACGUCCUCUAUUAAAUAUUACUCCAAGCCAGAUCCAUCAGCUACCUGCUAUCUAGAUGGUAUUUCUGAGAAGGAAGAUCUUGAUGAAGAGCUGAACUACUAUAGCACAGAGAUUUAUGAAGACGACUCCCAUCUUUAUGGUGAGAUCGAAGAUGAGCAGUUCAAGGGCGGCUUCUCUAGUAUGUGUGAUAUUAGUACUGAUGAAUCUGAAGGAAAUACUGAACCACUUGGAAAUGGAUGCUGUACAAACGGUGAUUUAAAUACAAUUCCCGAAGGCAGUAAUUACGAGGAUUCACUGACGUCAAAUGAAUGUCAUGGAAUAAGCGAUGCUUAUGAACCAUCUGAUAAAAGUGCCGCAGAGGAAAUUGCGUGUGAUGUAAGAGAGUGGAAUAACGACUAUAAGGUGCCUCAUAUUGAUUAUUAUGGAGAUUCUUCAUCUGUGCGAGAGUUAUAUUUAGCAGCAGGUGAAUGUAAAUCACCAAAAACCUUACAAUUUCAAAGAAAGGAUACCGAUUUGCCUGCUGAAAGGCGGCGUUCUCCUGAAGUUCAACAGCUAAGCCAAGGUGAGGAAAUAUCAGCUAAUGAUCAAGAGUUUGAAAUACUUUCUGAUUGCUUUCAUUGCAAUGUAAUCAGUAAAAAUAAUUCAUCCUCUGGAAAGCUAAAGGUUGAUAAUGACAAAGUGAUGACUAAAAAUUCUACGGCUACCAAAAAUGCAACAGCGUCAUGUAAAUUGACAAGAUAUGCUGACCUGUAUCUUUUAGGUGAUGAAAAUGAUAACAAAGCUAAAGAUUUGGCUCGCCCAAAAAAGGACAUUCGUGAUAUCUCAUCUCCAGCUGGUCGAUUAGGUUCCAAUAGCGGCGUGAUAAGUGAUGAUGACCAGAGUGAUGAAACGAGGGAAGUUUCUUCCCUGUCCAAAUAUAGCAAAACUAAAACCUUUCAAACAGGUGUUCUAUCAUCACCAGAGGCUCUAUGUGAUAAGCCAGUCCUGAUAACUUCUCCGACUUCAACACCUCCUUCAAGUCCAACUUCGAGAUCAUUUUCUCGAGCUGGUGUCAAUGCACUACCGCCAAUAGCAAUAUCGAGGCAUUUGAAGUAUCAUGAUCUGCAUAGUAGCCUUGAUGCCGAAAUUAAAGAUUCAAUGGGUACUCUUUUCUUCAUAGAUGAAGCUGAAGAAGAUAGUUAUAAUGCGCUUCAAGGAAGAUCAGAAGAAGACUACUUAGAUGAAAUUAACAAUGUACCAGAAGAUUUUACCUUUUCCGAUAACGAAGAUACUGAGUAUCAUUGUACAGCAUUCCCCAGGUCGCAUUUGGACAAGUUCCCAUAUCGUAAUUCACACAGUUUCUCCGAUAAACCUACAGGAUUCGUCAAGGAAAACGCACCAGUUCCAUUUAAAUUAGACAUUAAAGAAAAAACCGUUACCUUCUUCAAAAAUUCUGGGAAGGAAAUUUCAGAUGAUGCUAUGGAAGGAAUUCGCUCGUCUUAUAACCCAUGUCAAUCAGAACUAACCACACUCAAGAGUUUAAACUCGACCAAUAAAUGCGAUGACCAUAUACUACAGUUGAAAACCUUAGAACCAUUAACAGUGGGAAGAUCAGGCUCGAAUGUCAUUACUUCAUCACACAGAGGAAGCUACGGGUUGGCUCCUAUAGUUGAAAAAGUUUCUGAAUGUUCUCAAGGCAAACAAGAUUUUGAAUAA